AUGGUGCCGGCGCCCGGGGGAGCCCUGCUCGCCGCCCUCCUCGCCCUCCUCGCCGCCGGGCUGGCCGCCGCGGGCAGCUCGAGAGCUCGUGGGCAGCUGAUGACUGUGAGCCAGCCUGGGGUGUGUCGCUAUGGUUCUAGGUUGGAUUGCUGUUACGGCUGGAAAAAGAACAACAAGGGCCACUGCGAAGCUAUCUGUGGACAUGGCUGCAAGUAUGGCGAGUGCAUGGGACCAAACAAAUGCAAAUGUUUCCCUGGAUUUACAGGGAAAACCUGUAAUCAAGAUCUGAACGAAUGUGGACUGAAACCACGUCCCUGUGAACACAGAUGUAUGAAUACCCAUGGCAGCUACAAGUGCUAUUGUCUCAAUGGGUACAUGCUUAUGGCAGAUGGCACAUGUGCAAUUUCUAGGACAUGUGCCAUGGUGAAUUGCCAAUACGGAUGUGAAGAAGUCAAAGGGGAGGUGCAGUGUCUUUGUCCAUCAGGUGGCCUUCAGCUGGGACCAAACGGAAGGACGUGCAUUGACAUUGAUGAAUGCUCCACUGGCAAAGCUGUCUGCUCUUACAACCGCAGAUGCGUCAACACGUUUGGAAGCUACUACUGCAAGUGCCAGCUUGGUUAUGAACUGAAAUAUGUCAGUGGCCGUUAUGACUGUGUAGAUGUAAAUGAAUGUGUGACAAAUACACACAGGUGUAACCUCCAUGCAGAGUGCCUCAACACCGAAGGAUCCUUCAAGUGCAAAUGUAAACAGGGCUACCGAGGAAGUGGAUACGACUGUGCUGUUAUCCCUGAAAAGUCAGUGAAGGAAAUUGCAAGAAUCCCUGGAACAGCUAAGGACACAAUUAAGAAACUUCUUGCACAUAAAAACAGUGUGAAAAAGCAUGAAACAAUCAAGAAUGCAAUCCCAGAAGCAGCCGUGACACCGUCUUCUAAGACCCACUUGCAGUUACUGGACUAUGAAGGUGGUAUUGAUCUUGGUGGGAGCUACAGUGAGGAAGAGAAAGAAACUGAAGUUACUGCAGAAGAGGAGGCAGAAGAGUCAGACGAAGAGGAGAAGGAAGAUUUUGAGAAUCAAAUUGACCAUGAGCAAAGCCUUAGAGGAGAUGUCUUUUUUCCUAAGGUGAAAGAAGCAGCUGCCUUCAGCCCUCUCCUGGCACAGAGGAAAGUUCCAGUGUCGAGACCAGAGCAAGAAGUUGAUUGCAGCUUCAGUCGAGGGGUCUGCGACUGGAAACAAGAUGCUGAUGAUGACUUUGACUGGAAUCCUGCUGAUCGAGAUAGAGGCGAUGGGUACUACAUGGCAGUUCCAGCUUUUGUGGGGCACAAGAAGGAUAUGGGGCGUCUAAAACUUCUCCUCACCGACCUCAAACCAAAGAGCAGCUACUGCUUGAUUUUCAGUUAUCGGCUUGCUGGCGAGAGAGUGGGGAAACUUCGAGUGUUCCUGGCAAACAAAAAAAGUGCGCCUGUCUGGGAGCAGAACAAAGGAAAAGAUGAAAGGUGGAGAACUGGAAAAAUAGAGAUAUUUCAGGGGGCUGAAACAACCAACAGUGUCACUUUUGAAUCAGAACGUGGGAAGGGCAAAACUGGAGAAAUUGGAGUGGACAAUGUUAUACUAAUUUCUGGUAUAUGCCCAGAAGAUACCUGAUAAUGGAUAUUUGAGUAUACUGGAUUUAAUCCCAUUUUUAAUAUUUACCUUACUAGUAGUGUAUUUUUGUAUCAUUUUCUUUAUAAAAAAACCAAAACCAUAAAAACUGUGCCUUGAACUGAAUGCAGCAAUGAAAAUAGAAAAACUGAC